CUUCCCUUCAAACAGCACUAAUUCGAGUCGCUUCGAGCGAAAGAAUGUGAAGGCGGAGGAUCAAAAUCAAUCCGAAUUGACUUCGGAAAAAUCGAAUACCUAAUCUACCGGUGCAUUCGUUGCUCGCAAUCCAUUGUUCUGAUUCGAAUUGAGCUUUUGCUUUGGUUGCUGUAAUGGGGCAUAGCUCGAAGAAGAAGAAAAAGAAAGGAGGCGGGAGUGGGCGGCGGAACAAAGAUCACUCCUCAGCUGCCUUCGAUGGCAACGAGCUUCUCGCCGAAGAGAUUACCGCCUUCUGUGUCACCGUCAGAAGCAAGCCACAGUAUGGGUCCGGGAGUGCAAUUUUCCAGGAAGAUUGCAAGAUUGUGCCCGGACCACCUAGUCAGAUCGUAAUAAAAAUCAGGCCUCAUUCUAAAGAUAUGGGCUUUGAGGAUUUAGACAUCUCAGUUCAGCUUUCAGUCAGAUGUUUACCAGGAUAUCCUUACAAGUGCCCAAAACUGAAGAUUACUCCGGAGAAAGGAUUGAAAGAAGAUGAAUCAGAAAAUCUUCUGUCUCUUCUUCAGGAACAGGUAACUUGUUUUGUUUGUUUCUUAUAUAUUGAUGAAGUGCAUGAUUCUCCUGUCCGUAUCAUGUUUCUUGAAGCCAUUUCAUUGCUUUAUGUAGUUGCACUAGCAAUCGUCAGUCACCUGUCAAGUUUGCUUCCAGCUUGGAAGAUGACUUUUCAUACCUUUACUGUAUUUCCCCAUUUGUCCAACUGUUUUGUAUUCGUGAAGGCUACUUCAAAUGCGCGGGAAGGAAGAGUGAUGAUUUUUAAUUUAGUGGAGGCUGCACAGGAGUUCCUUUCUCAAAUAGUCCCACCUGAGCGAGAACCUGAAUCUGCUAUGUGCUCAACUGUGGAUAGGACCAGCCAGUUGUUCCAGAAGGACUUCCCAGUUUCCGGUGAUAAUAACUGCACUUCUACAGGGCCGUUUGUUUAUGGUUUCCUAGACCUCUUCGGUGGUUCCGGAGAGUCAUGGCAUUGGAUGCCCUUGGACGAUAAUAGAAUGAUGAAAUCAAUAAAAUCAUUGUCAUCUGAUCCUUUAAAAGUCAAAUCUGGUACACAAGGAGUAAAAGUAGACCGGAUUGAGCCAUCACCAGUCCAAGCCAAAAAGCAAGGCACAUUUCCUUCCCCUAUUGCUGAGUUGGAUAUUCUUGAUGAAGAGAGCGAAGAUGGCAAUAGUAGCACUUCCGAUACCGAUUCGAGUAGCUCGUUAACUGAUCAAUUUGUAGGGCAUGAAAUGAACAACAACAAUGAGGAUAGCUCUACCAAUGAGCAAAUAGCAGUAGAGAACAACAAUGAUUUUGAGACUGAGGCGUGGAAAUCCCUAUCUUCCUCCCCCUUUAGCGAUGAUUUAGCAUCUCAAGCUAUUGAAAAGGAACUUAUAAUGGUCCAUCUGCUUCGUCUUGCCUCCACAUCACAAGGAGCUCUUGUGGAUAUGUUCCCCAAUGUUAUAACCGAGCUCUGCAAUUUAGGCAUCUUAUCAGAGAGGGUACUAGAACUUGCUUCAAAACCAUCUUCAAUGUUUUCCACAACCUUUGAGCAUGUGUUCCGGCAGAAAAUGGUUUCAUCCAGAGUACCUCAAUUUUGGAAGCCUCCCUUGGAUUUGGACGGGCUUGCCGCACCUAUGCCCAACUCUAGAUAUCUUAGUGACUUUGAAGAGCUGCGUCCCCUUGGUCAUGGUGGUUUUGGCCAUGUUGUAUUAUGUAAAAAUAAGUUGGAUGGGAGGCAGUAUGCAGUGAAGAAAAUUCGUCUCAAGGACAAAAAUCUACCGGUUGAUGAUAGAAUAUUGAGGGAAGUAGCUACACUUUCUCGUUUGCAGCAUCAGCAUGUUGUUCGCUAUUAUCAGGCAUGGUUUGAAACAGGACUGGUUGGUUCUAUUGACGAUAUCGGUUGGGGUUCAAGUACUGCAGCUAGCUCAAAUUUCAGCAGGCAGACGUCUAAUGUUGGGCAGGAUACUAAGCUUGAAUCAACUUACCUUUAUAUACAAAUGGAGUAUUGUCCAAGGACUCUUAAAGAGGUCUUCGAGUCAUACAACCAUUUUGACAAAGACUUAGCUUGGCAUUGGUUUCGGCAAAUCGUUGAGGGCUUGGCGCACAUACACGGGCAGGGAAUUAUCCAUCGGGACUUGACUCCAAAUAAUAUAUUCUUUGAUGCUAGAAAUGAAAUAAAAAUUGGCGACUUUGGACUCGCCAAGUUCCUCAUGUUGGAACAGGUGGAUCACGAGGCACCUUUGCCCUUGGAUCCUACAACUGGAGUGUCAGUUGAUGGCACUGGUCAAAUUGGAACAUACUUUUACACUGCACCUGAAAUUGAGCAAGGCUGGCCAAAGAUAAAUGAGAAGGUGGACAUGUACAGUUUAGGAAUCGUCUUUUUUGAGCUUUGGCACCCUUUCGGAACAUCUAUGGAGAGACAUAUUGUGCUAUCUGAUUUGAAACAGAAGGGGGACUUUCCUCGUCCUUGGGUUACUCGAUUUCCGGAACAAUCAUCGUUAUUGAUGCGUUUAAUAUCGCCGAUUCCCUCUGACCGUCCAUCUGCCACAGACCUUCUAAAGCAUGCUUUCCCCCCGAGAAUGGAAUCCGAGUUAUUAGAUGGCUUGUUGCGAACUAUGCAAAGUUCUGAGGACAGAACUGUCUAUGAGAAGGUUGUGGGUUCCAUCUUUGAUGAUGAAAUGAUAAGCAUGAGAAGUGGUAACCAACAUGCUGGUACAUCAGGAAUAAUUAGUGAUACUUCCUCCACCCAGUGUUUGGAUUCUGAGUUCCGUGAUUAUGUGGUUGAAGCUACAAGGGAACUUUUCAAGCGUCAUUGUGCAAAGCAUUUUGAAAUUGCACCAAUACGUUUGCUUGAUGAUUCUCCAGAUCUUAACAGAAGAAGUGUGGUCAAGCUUUUGUCACAUGGAGGUGAUCUGCUUGGACUUUGUCAUGAGCUGCGUUUUUCAUUUGUUAGAUGGCUCUGUGCAAGCCAGAAAACUUCGUUCAAGAGGUAUGAAAUAUCAUAUGUUUACAGGAGAGCAAUUGGCCAUUCACCACCAAAUCGCCAUCUACAGGCUGAUUUUGACAUUGUUGGAGGUGCAUCAGCAUUGACCGAGACAGUGAUUAUCAAAGUGACGAUGGACAUUUUGACUUGUUUCAACUCUCAUGGAUUUGAUAUUCAUUUGAAUCAUGGUGACCUGCUAAAUGCUAUCUGGUCAUGGGUUGGAAUCAAACCAGAUCAUAGGCAGAAAGUUGGGGAGCUUCUUUCCAUGAUGGCCUCAUUGCGUCCUCAAUCAUCUGAAAGGAAGUUAAAGUGGGUAGUGAUACGACGUCAAUUAUUACAGGAGCUAAAUUUGCCCGUAGCUGUUGUGGAUAGAUUGCAGACUGUAGGUUUGAGGUUUUGUGGUCCUGUGGAUCAGGCACUUCCUCGAUUGAGAGGAGCCUUGCCCGCUGAUAAAGCUACACGGUCGGCCCUUGAUAAUUUGUUGAACCUCUGUAUUCAUUUGAGAGUUUGGAAUAUAGAAGAUCAUGUUUACAUCGAUCCAUUAAUGCCCCCAACGGAAAAUUACCACAGGAACUUGUAUUUCCAGGUAUAUUUGAUGGCGGGCAACAAUCCUUUAUCGCUUGGUGAAGGUCUCUUGCUUGCUGUUGGUGGUCGAUAUGAUUAUUUGCUUCGCCAAAUGUGGAGUCAUGGUUCUACAAGCAAUCCUCCGGGGGCUGUUGGGACAAGCAUUGCUCUAGAAACCAUAAUUCUGAACGCUUCUGGAGAUAUCAGGCCUAUAAGAAACGAAGCGAGCAUGAGUGUUCUUGUAUGCUCGAGAGGGGGAGGUGGGUUGUUAGUGGAGCGGAUGAAGCUAGUUGCUGAACUGUGGGAAAACAAUAUCAAGGCUGAGUUUGUCCCAACACCUGAUCCAAGCCUGACAGAGCAAUAUGAAUAUGCCAAUGAGCACGACAUCAGAUGCCUCGUGAUCAUGUCUCAGACUGGUUUCGUGAAGGUUCGUCAUCUGGAGCUGAAGAAGGAAAAGGAAGUGAAAGAUGAUGCAUUGGUGAGGUUCUUGCUGGAUGCAAUGACAACCCAGUUCAGGAACCCUUCGGUUUGGAGCAAGGCCGACGAGACAACUGCUUAGAUGUCACCGAUGCCUACAAUUUUUGAAAGUGUAGUAGCCUAACCUCGCAUUAGUUUUUGGACGAUAAAGUCACUGUUUUCGAUCUUUUACUACAACGAUUCAUCAACUUUGGUUCCAGUAGAAUUUCCUGGGUGGAUGUAAAUAUGGAGCUGCCAGGAGCUUAGAUUUAGUUUGUUUAUUUCUUAUGUCGGGUUGUUAAAGCAAUUUUGUUGGUAAAAGGAGGAGAAAUAGUGGAAACACCUUGGAGUUGGUUUUUGCUCAGUUAUUGUUCUUGAGAUGGUGAUGAGAA